UGCGAGGCCAGCGCCAUGAGGAGCCUCCUGCGCGUCGCCCUCGGCGGCGGCUCCGCUCCCGCCCUCGGCGCCCUGCUGCCGCCCAGCGCGACCCCGGCCGGGCCGCCCGCUGUCCGGAUGCUCCGCACCCACCGCGCGCUGCGCUCCCAGGCGCCGCUGAAACCAGGAAUUCCUUAUAAGCAACUGACUGUAGGUGUCCCAAAGGAGAUAUUUCAGAAUGAGAAGAGGGUGGCUUUGUCACCGGCUGGAGUGCAAGCUUUGGUUAAGCAAGGCUUCAAUGUUGUGGUGGAAUCUGGUGCUGGAGAAGCUUCCAAAUUUUCUGACGACCAUUACAGGGAAGUAGGAGCAAAGAUCCAGGGGACCAAGGAAGUACUGGCUUCAGAUUUAGUUGUCAAAGUGCGGGCUCCGAUACAUAACCCUGAACUAGGUGUACAUGAAGCAGACCUUUUUAAGACAGCUGCUACCCUGAUUAGCUUCAUCUAUCCAGCUCAAAAUCCAGACCUCCUGAAUAAACUUGCAGAAAAAAAAGCUACUGUCCUGGCCAUGGACCAGGUUCCACGAGUCACCAUUGCUCAGGGAUAUGAUGCACUUAGCUCCAUGGCUAACAUUGCUGGCUACAAGGCUGUUGUGUUGGCAGCAAAUCAUUUCGGUCGUUUUUUCACGGGUCAGAUCACAGCUGCUGGUAAAGUUCCUCCAGCCAAGGUCUUGAUCAUYGGAGGAGGAGUAGCUGGCCUGGCUUCUGCAGGAGCAGCCAAGUCGAUGGGUGCAGUGGUUCGUGGGUUUGACACCAGAGCUGCAGCUCUGGAGCAAUUCAAGUCUCUUGGUGCAGAGCCUUUGGAAGUAGACUUAAAGGAAUCAGGAGAGGGACAAGGUGGUUAUGCUAAAGAAAUGUCUAAAGAAUUUAUUGAAGCUGAAAUGAAGCUCUUUGCUAAACAAUGCCAGGAUGUUGAUAUCAUCAUCACUACAGCACUUAUUCCAGGUAAAAAAGCUCCUGUCUUGUUUAGAAAAGAUAUGAUUGAAUCAAUGAAGGAGGGUUCAGUUGUUGUGGAUUUAGCUGCAGAAGCAGGAGGAAACAUUGAAACUACAAAGCCUGGAGAAUUGUAUGUUCAUAAGGGCGUUACACACAUUGGCUACACAGACCUGCCUAGCAGAAUGGCUACCCAGGCCAGUACUCUGUAUUCCAACAACAUCAUCAAACUCCUAAAGGCUAUUAGUCCUGACAAAGAGAAUUUCUACUUUGAUCCAAAAGAUGAUUUUGAUUAUGGCACUCUGGAUCAUGUUAUAAGGGGAACUGUAGUAAUGAAGGAUGGCAAGGUAAUUUUCCCAGCACCUCCACCAAAUAACAUUCCUCAAGGAGCCCCUGUGAAGCAGAAGACUGUAGCAGAGCUGGAAGCAGAAAAAGCAGCUACUAUUACACCUUUUAGAAAAACUAUGACUAGUGCAUCUGUGUAUACAACAGGUUUGGCUACCAUGUUAGGACUGGGCAUUGUGGCUCCAAACGCUGCUUUCACACAAAUGGUGACAACAUUUGGCCUUGCUGGAAUCGUGGGGUACCAUACGGUCUGGGGGGUGACCCCUGCUCUUCACUCUCCGCUCAUGUCAGUGACUAAUGCUAUCUCAGGACUAACUGCAGUUGGUGGGCUCGUUUUGAUGGGAGGACACUAUAUGCCUGAAAAUACUCCUCAGACUCUGGCAGUGCUUUCUGCCUUUAUAUCAUCUGUCAAUAUUGCAGGUGGAUUUCUGGUAACUCAGAGAAUGCUGGAUAUGUUCAAGCGUCCCACAGAUCCACCUGAGUACAACUACUUGUACCUGCUUCCUGGUGGUGUGUUUGUAGGAGGCUAUGCAGCUGCUCUCAGUGGUGGCUAUAAUAUUGAACAGAUGAUGUAUCUGGCGUCAGGCUUGUGCUGUGUUGGUGCCCUGGCUGGCCUGUCCACCCAAGGAACUGCUCGUCUGGGCAAUGCUUUGGGCAUGAUUGGUGUUGCUGGAGGUCUAGCAGCGACUCUUGGAGGCCUUCAGCCAUCACCCGAGCUAUUGGCCCAGAUGUCAGGAGCCAUGGCGCUUGGUGGUACAGUGGGUCUGACAAUUGCUAAACGCAUCCAGAUUUCAGAUUUGCCUCAGCUAGUUGCUGCUUUCCAUAGUUUGGUGGGUUUGGCUGCUGUUCUCACCUGUGUGGCAGAAUACAUGAUUGAGUUUCCUCACUUUGCUACGGAUCCAGCUGCCAACCUCACCAAGAUUGUAGCGUACCUUGGGACAUACAUUGGCGGAGUCACCUUCAGUGGCUCCCUUGUUGCUUACGGAAAACUGCAAGGUAUCUUGAAUUCUGCACCGCUGCUGCUGCCCGGCCGCCAUGCCUUGAACGCGGGCUUGCUGGCCGCCAGCGUUGGCGGGAUGAUUCCCUACAUGAUCGACCCCAGUUACACCACGGGCAUUACUUGUUUAGGUUCUGUAUCAGCACUCUCGGCCAUAAUGGGUGUCACCUUAACAGCAGCUAUUGGAGGUGCUGACAUGCCUGUAGUUAUUACUGUCUUGAACAGUUACUCUGGAUGGGCUUUGUGUGCCGAGGGCUUCCUGCUGAACAACAACUUGCUGACCAUUGUUGGUGCGCUCAUUGGUUCCUCUGGGGCCAUCCUCUCUUACAUCAUGUGUGUGGCUAUGAACCGCUCUCUCGCCAACGUGAUUCUAGGAGGCUAUGGCACUACAUCCACAGCCGGCGGGAAGCCCAUGGAGAUUACUGGCACCCACACAGAAAUCAAUUUGGAUAAUGCAGUUGAAAUGAUCAAGGAAGCCAGCAGCAUCAUUAUUACCCCUGGUUAUGGUCUAUGUGCAGCAAAAGCUCAGUACCCUAUAGCAGAUCUAGUGAAAAUGUUGAGAGAACAAGGGAAAAAUGUCAGGUUUGGUAUUCACCCUGUGGCUGGUCGGAUGCCUGGUCAGCUGAAUGUGCUCCUGGCAGAAGCUGGUGUCCCCUAUGACAUUGUUUUGGAAAUGGAUGAGAUCAAUGAGGACUUCCCAGAAACUGACCUGGUGCUUGUAAUUGGUGCAAAUGACACGGUUAAUUCAGCAGCUCAGGAAGAUCCCAACUCAAUCAUUGCUGGAAUGCCAGUUCUUGAAGUGUGGAAGUCCAAACAGGUCAUUGUAAUGAAGAGGUCUCUGGGAGUUGGUUACGCAGCUGUGGACAAUCCAAUCUUCUACAAACCCAAUACUGCCAUGUUGCUGGGAGAUGCCAAGAAGACUUGUGAUGCCUUGCAGGCCAAAGUCAGGGAUUCGUAUCAAAGCUAAAUACCAAUUUACACUCAGCUUGCUCACGGUUGUGGCUGUGCUUUUGUCUCAGAGGUCAUGGAAGUGGAGAGUUACGAAGAUCUUAGUGUCGUAGUGCAGUUUACAUUCAGAGAAGGCCACAUUGACUCAUAGGAGAUGUAGUUCAGUUAAAGGCCUAUCCUUUUAUGAAAGCUUGGGGAUACUAUCUCUGCAAACUACAUCUCUCCAUGAGGCAAUGUAUUGARGUAUAAAAAUGUCCUUUCUAAUUUAAGGAAUGAGCUGUUGGAAGCAGGAAGCCAAUACUCGUUGUCUGUAUUAAGUGACUCUUGGCUUCCUCCCUCUAACUCUGUAGUUCUGUCACUAAAAAUUACUGUGCUAAAAUGGUAUUCCAUCUUAUGAAAGCUAUUCCCUGGCCCAUAUGAACAAAAAUAAUUUUCAACAAAAUGCAAAAGUUGUAAAUACGCUUCCGUGAUUUGAGAGCCUCAACAAAAUAUUGAAUCUGUAUAUAAAAAUUCAGACUUCCUUUUAUGAGUUCUAGGGAUGCCUUGAAUCAAGUAUAUUUGAAGGAAGUUACUUUUGAAACAGUUCCACUUUUUUCAUAGUGUCCGCUUACAUUUUGUAAAACGAAACAGAGAAUUUCAGGGACCUACUAAGUGAUCUUUAAUAUUGACAAGGAAAUGUACACCUGCACUGCUUAACUAUUUUCAGCAGCUGCUAAAUUUCCUCUUUYUUUUUUUUCCCAGUUGUUGCCUUUUUAAGUGUUCGGAGAAGAAUAUGGCCCAGUUCUGCACAGGCAAACAUCUUGCAUACUUGAUCUGUUCACAGAAUUUGGACCACAGUAUUUUGGUUUUGUUCACUUUGACUUUUAACUAUAUUUGCUACUUAUAUUUUGGUGAUGCUUUCUUAAUCAACAUUAUGAUGCUGGAAAAGGCACUUUUUAACAUAUUUAAGAUGCUGGAGCUCAUUAGAAUUUUUUGAAAUAAAUAAGCUAUUGUUUGGACAGCACAGAAAUACGACGAGCUGAGAAUUCAGUGUUCUGAUUAUUUGACUUCUCUCUAAUCUAAUUAAAAGUGCUGCUUAAAUUCCCAUAAUAAGUGCAGCAAAAAAGUAAAUCAAAUUAUGACAUGGACUGCUGUUUUGUUUUUACUGUGUUAAGUGUACUUGAGUGGAACUCAAAUAUUUGCCUAAUAAAAUGAAUUUAUCAUGUUUGUAUAAUGAUGUAGCAACUGUCCAUGGUGACAAAGGCUAAAUACAAAUAGCUGUGUUAGAAAGCAUUAAUAUCUGGAGGAGACAAACUGUUAUGAAGUAAGUCUUGAAAGGAAAUCAUUUUGAUAAAUUUUUUUUUACAGAAUGUAUUGAGAUCGUGUAUAAAAUAACAUGUGAGAAACAUUUUCCACUUAGCUACCUCUCUUUUUAUGUGAAGAUUGCUUAAAGCCAAGACUUUAAACAGGCAAUGUGUUAAAUGUAACAAUGUAUGAAAAAACACAUUUCAGAAAUCUCUUCUAUAAUUGGGAAAUAAGAGUAAGCACAUAAGCAAUAGUAUGUUGUAUACUGCAUGAAAAUACUUGCAAUUAAAUUUUAACUUAAAACGUUGUGGCAGCUAUGUCUGAGUGUUAUGGACUCCUGGUCUCAUUCUAUGCUACUUUCUCUUAGAUCUGCCAAAAAUAGCAGGGGAAGGGGAGAAAGAAGAUGACUAGAAAAUGAUCCAUUUCUCCCUCCCCUCCUAGUCAAGCAAAGAAAAAAACACAUCUGAYGGGAUUUAAUAUCCUGAAACACUUUUGUUCUGCCAAACUCUGAAGUAUCUAACUGCAGUAUGCAAUGUAUCUCUGCUUAUAUGUAGUCAACUUAAGACAA